AGAGAAUUACAAAGCCAAAGCCAAAGCCAAAUCCACGCAAUUUUUACUACAAAAAGACAACCAAAGAUUCUAAAUCGAAACCCCUCACGUCAAGUAAAGCUCCACCCUCCACAGACCACAACCAAGCUAAUAGCUAUCCUUUCGUUUUCCCCAAUUCAAUUUCUUCUUCCCCUGUAAGCAAUUCAAGAGAGGGAAAGCGACUUCUGUUUCCCUUUUGGACUAGUCGAGAUCCGAUCCUUCUUGGGUUUGAAAAUUUUUGGACUCAUAUGUUUGUCUCUGGUGUUUCCACUAUUUUAGAGAGAGAAAAGAGUGAGAAAACGGGGUUUUUAGAGCAAAAGGAGGGGAGAUCUCAAUACCCAUUUCGUUUUUGCUUGUGAUUUUUGGUUUGGGCUUUUCAUCAAACAGAUGGUGGGCAUUUUCUCAAGGUUUUCUUCUAGCAGAGCAGGCCAUCGACGAGCUCAGAGCGCUCUUGAUGGGAGAGAAGUACUGCCUCCGAACCCGGAGAGCGUUGGCGUAACUGCAACCUCUGCUGCUGCUUCUCAUGGAAUUGAAGUAGCAGUAGAGUUCAAGCCUGUUGAACACCCAGUCGAGCCUCUGGAAAACGACAGGCCAAUUCAGUGCCCAUUGCCUGAACCAUCAAUUCUGAAUGAUGGCACAAUAUGGAAGCAGCGAUCUGCGAGUAUGCGUAAACUGGCAGAUUUGCCUGUGAUGAAGGAAGCUGAAGUUGGCGAGACAAGACCACAGGCGACACGGCCAAAUCGCUUGAUCUUACCAUCGAUCAGUGCUCCCGAACGUAACAUCCUAAACCUACUCGAGGAAUCUGGGAUAUAGAACAGCUAAUUACUUAUCCUUUGGAAUUUAAAGUUCCCCAUACAGUAUUUUUUUUCAAGUUUAUCUCCUCCCUCCAUCCAAUUUUUUCCCUUCAUUGUUUUUUUUCCAUGUACAAUGCCCCAUGUCACAGGUUCAGCGUUUACAUAAUAUAUAUUAAAAAGAUUAGUCUUCAAAUCUUCAACUCUCUGUGUUCAGUCUAUUAGUUCUGUUGUUCCGGUACUAAAAGACUUCUUGCAACGUGUUGAAGACUGAAAGGACAAUACUUUCCUACUCGCUCAAAUUUUUGAUAAACAGGAAAAGAGAGGAGAGGAAGCAAGAGCAAGGAAGUAUUGUUCAGCUCGAAAUAUGAAAGCGUACGAGGACUGCUCGGGCUUUCGAGAGUUUAGAGGAAGCAGGGGAAGCCAAUUAAUGUUAGGUAAGUGUAACUACCAGCACAUGGCUACGAAAGUUUGAAAGGAUUAGAGUUUCAAUUGAUGAAUGGAAACAUAGUAGAUGGAUUUUGCUGGA